CUGUAACAAAUUGCUGUAGUUUUUACAGCAAAAUUAUACAGGAAUUUAUUGUUUUAACAUUUCACAAGUUAUUAUUGUAAUUCGCAAUGCAUUAUGGGUUAAACCAAGAGUUACAGUUGUUAACUGCAAAUUUCUACGGGGACUGUAAAUUAAUAUACAGGUAGGAGGUGUGUUAAUGUAGAUUCUGCGUUUUUACAACAACAUGUUGUAGUGUGGAAUUAUGGGAUUUCGCGGGCUGAUGCAGAUUUGAAAUAUGGUGGACUGGACAAGCGGGAGAAAACAGAAGGCAUUAUUCGUUAAUUUCAAGGAACUUUGGUGAAAAAAUCAAGACGUGGUGAAUUAGGUUGUUGGAGGUGACUCGAAUCUGAUCGAUAAAGAUUUAUAAAGGCAUGUCCACGUUGGAUGAGGACGUACGAGAUGCUGUAUUGGCAGUCCUACCUGGGCUAUCAGAGGAGAAACUAGUGUCUCUUUUGAACAAAUUGGCAAGCAUAGGAGUUGAAUCCAAAUCUGACUUGCAGUUUGUUAAAGAGGACGAUCUUCCUGAUCACAUCACACCAAUACAGUGUCGUCGGCUCCUCAAUGCAUGGAAUAUAGAAGACAAAACAGUUUGUGCCAAAGUAUCACCUUUAGAAUCCACAAACAUAGUCUUUGAUGUAUCACCAGUAAACUCACCAUCUUCAAAUUUCAGUUCCUCGUGUACACCAAGUGUCUCUAGCACAAACAGCUCCAGUUCAACUGUCGAUUUAACUGUAUGGCCUGAAAACUUUGAAGUUCCAUGGAAUCGGAUGUCUUCUGGUAUUAAAACUGCCACUGCACUGGGUAGACGCCCCACAGCUAAAGAACGCAGAGAAAUGGUGAGAAUCAUUGUUGAUGAGAUGAGACAGACAGAGUUAAAUCCAUCAAAAUCACAAUGUCUGAUUGUUGCAAAGAAGAUUGUUAAACAGUACCCACAAAGCUUUGCUGAUGUUUUGAAAGAUGGCACAAGAAUUGGGACUGGCUAUGGAUCCCUUUUGAUACAGCUAAAAACAAGAGUGGAGCAUGUUAAUCUUGGCUGCUCAUUUUCGAGACGCAGGAAACAAAAAAAGACCUCAAAUUCACCACCCGAGGACACUGGACCAGGGCCUACUGACCAGUAUGGAUGUGUAAGGUGGCAGCCUGAGUGUCCUGUUGAUGAUACUGAAGAAAGUCUCCAAGAAAAGCAGGAAGAAAUGAAGGACCUCUAUAGUUGUAAGGGGCCAGCUGGAGCUCAAAAAGGACAUCUAAGUCAAUUAAUGAAAGCUACAUACUACCUCCAACGUAAAUCGAUUAAUGCCUGUCCACCACCAUCCAUUGCUGAGUUGAAAAAUGAGUGGCCAUAUCUUUUUACACCCAAAGAACUGUAUAGCCACUUUAAGUCACUUACCAACAUCAGCAUUUUGGAAAGACUUGAGAAGUCCAUGGAAGAAAAAGGAAAGAUGAUUCUUCAGUUUUUCCGUCAAAAGCCAGCAGGGACCAAAACAGAUGAGAUUCAGCGAAUACUUCUGAAGUUUGAUGAUAGUGGAGCUUCAAGUUUCAUUCCAUGUGUGGUCCUUGUGCUUCUGUCACACUUUAAAGAAAAAAACGAUGCACUGAUUCUUCAGACGGAUGUGUCAGCAACAGCAGGUGAUGUGGAGAAAAGCUUGGUGCUUCCAGACUCUCCAAGACUAAUUGUCUUAGGUAAUGGGACAUUCUCACUGCAACUCAGUGGAUGCUGA